UUGGGAAACCAUCUGAAGGAAAAAACUUCGUAGAAGGCAAAAGAAGACUGGGGCACAACUGAAAAUAUCCUUUAAAGACAAGGGACAUCAUUAAUUUUAUUUUACCGCAAGCAAAACAACAAAAUAGCAAUUGCAACACAAAUGGAGGACGCCAAGUAAAAGGUUUAGGAAAAAAGUUCUAAGUUUAUGGAAAAAUUAAUCUAUACUUAAGACAAAGCGGAGAAUCGUCAACGUCUUGGGAGAGAAAAAGUUCGUUCCUUGGUGUAAUUGCUAUCCUUUAAUAAACGGGGUCAAAAUAAACAAUAAAAAUGAAGUACUAUAAAUGUCAGCAUAUCUUAUUGACCAGCAGCUCAAUUUGCUCUUGCAGUUGUAGUUCUUCAACAACAACAACGACAACACCUAUGAGAACUGAAACAACUCUCUUGUCCUUAUCUUGCUUACCAAACAGCCGUCGAAUUUUCAGCAUAUCCUCACAGCCAACUUCCCUUAGCUGGAUUUUUAUAGCACUGGUAUACCUGCUGUUACUGUUGCCACCUCCAAAUGCUAUAGCGCGUCUUCACUCAUCCUCCGCAUCGUCGUCGGCUUUACACAACAUGGGCUUAGUUGGCAGCAAUGGCGGUGGCAGCGGCAUGGGUGGCUCCAGUUCCAGCAUAGGCAGUUCAUUAUCCUCUAAAGAUGCACACGUUAAAACAAAAGAUAUUGAGGCUGUCGAGGGUAAAUCAGUGUCACUGCCAUGUCCCAUAUCUGCGCCACUGGAUGAUGUCUACAUGGUCUUAUGGUUUCGUGAUAACGCUGGCAUACCAUUGUAUAGCUUUGAUGUACGAGACAAAAUGAACACCGACCAGGCUAGGCAUUGGUCUGCGCCAGAAGUGUUUGGUUCACGUGCCAAAUUCAAUUUUGAUUUACAACCAGCAACUUUGGAAAUCAAGGAUAUCAAACGUCAUGAUCAAGGCAUCUAUCGCUGUCGCAUUGAUUUUCGUACCAGCCAAACACAGAGCUUCCGUUUCAAUUUAUCCGUUAUAAUUCUUCCAGAACAACCCAUUAUAUUGGAUCGAUGGGGUCGUCAAUUGAAUGGCACCAAGUUGGGACCGAAACAGGAAGGUGAUGAUAUUGUUAUAACCUGUCGCGUAGUGGGAGGACGUCCACAACCACAAGUACGGUGGCUAGUAAAUGGUCUACUGGUGGACAAUCAAUAUGAGCAUUAUUCCGGGGAUGUAAUCGAAAAUCGUUUGCUGUGGCCAUCGGUUCAACGAACGGAUCUAAAUUCGGUCUUCACAUGCCAAGCAAUGAAUACUGAAUUAGACAAGCCCAAAGAGAAGAGUUUCAUCUUGGAUAUGCAUUUGAAACCCCUGGAAGUGAAAAUAAUUGACCCGCCCAACUCGAUGGUGGCCGAUAGACGCUAUGAGGUAACAUGUGAAUCAACCGGUUCCCGUCCUAAUGCUAUCAUUACCUGGUAUAAAGGAAAGAGGCAAUUACGUCGAACGAAGGAUGACAUAUCGAACAAUACCACACGUUCCGAAUUGAGUUUUGUGCCAACAACAGAUGAUGACGGCAAAUCGAUAACAUGUCGAGCAGAAAACCCAAAUGUCAAUGGUUUAUAUUUAGAAACAAUGUGGAAAUUGAAUGUAGUAUAUCCACCUUUAGUUACCUUGCGUUUGGGCUCAACACUUUCACCGGAUGACAUUAAAGAAGGUGACGACGUCUAUUUCGAGUGUCACGUACAAUCGAAUCCUCAAUGGCGCAAACUUUUAUGGCUCCAUAAUGGUAUCCACCUGGAGCAUAACACAUCAGCCCGCGUAAUUCGUUCUAAUCAGAGUUUGGUGUUGCAAAAAAUCACGAAACACUACGCAGGAAAUUAUGCAUGCAGCGCAAUAAAUGAUGAAGGAGAAACUGUCAGCAACCAACUGCCGUUACGUGUUAAAUACACACCAAUUUGCAAACAUUUAGAUCGAGUCAUCUUAAUUGGAGCCUCAAAGGAUGAAACUGUCGAAGUUGCGUGCGAAAUUCAAGCGGAUCCGCCACCCAGAACUUUUCGAUGGAAAUUCAAUAAUUCUGGUGAAACGUUAGAUGUGGGAAGUGAACGCUUCAGUGUGAAUGGUAGUCGUAGUAUUCUGAAGUACACUCCUGUUACAGAUCAGGACUAUGGCACGUUAUCAUGUUGGGCAUCAAACGAGGUGGGAACCCAGAGUCAACCAUGUCUUUUCCAGGUUGUAUUGGCAGCUCUCCCAAACGCUGUUGGUAAUUGUACCAUCUUCAAUCGCACCGAGCUAAGCGUUGACAUCCAAUGUGUACCCGGCUACGAUGGUGGUCUUCCGCAAAUAUUUGUUUUGGAAAUGUUCUCAACACGCACUGGAAUCACAAGAUUCAAUAUCACCAACCCCGAGGAACCACAGUUUUCUUUGGAAAAUUUGGAUACUUUAACAUCUAUAAUGACCCAGGAGAACAAUUCAUUGAAAUUACGAAUCUACGCCUUCAAUCAAAAGGGACGAAGUGCUUCAUAUCUAAUACAGGAUCUGGUCAUUGGAGCGACAGGCUUCAAAAACGAUGAUGAUGUAUCCUUAACGCUGUCACCCGUUAUCGUAGGGAGUGUCCUUACAAUUGUUAUUAUUAGUUUGGCAAUCGCUUUGAAAAUAUUCAUGAUGACAUUUUUACACAAUUUACGUCGCAAUCGCCAGCAUGGCACAAAGGCAACGGCCACAGCUGUUGUUGCCCAAACCGGAGAUGUUUACAAGGGCACCGGCAUGGAUAAACCCCGUUGGCAGCAUACCGAUAUUAAAUCCAAAUCAUCUGAAGAUCUAGUCGAAGACGAACGUGAUCCUGAUGUUAUACCCUCACAAUACGUUGGCAGUGUGGGUUCCGGAAGCUCCACCAGCUCAGCAAAUGCCAGUAUUGGUGGUGUUAGUGGCAAUGGCAUCGGUGGUGGCGGUGGCAAUGGCAUCGGUGGUGGCGGUGGCAACGCUAUAUCGAAUGCUGUUACUAAUGGCAGUGUUAGCCACCAUUUUACAUCCGCAUCCAAAUGGUCGCCGAGUUCCAAUCAACAUAACACCAAGGGUUACGAAUCAAACAUGAUGCAACAGAAUCCUAGCACUGGCAAUGUUGGCACAUCAACGGCAACCAUCGCAAGUUCUGUUUGCAGUGGCAAUGACGCUUCAUCUGUUGCUGUACCCUUAACAUUCAAUCAAAUCAACGCAAGAACCCAUUUGAUGGCUUCCGCCUCCAUGCUUUCGCCCACGGCCUCAACAACUGCCAUGGUCAGUUCGGUGGCAGCAACCAGCACUUUGAAUCGCAGUGCUCUUGGCGGUGCUGUAACAACUUCAGCAGCAGGCGGCGGAGGCUAUAUGGGUGCUGAUGUGACCAAUAUAAUUGGAUCACCCACCUCGUUGGCGUCUUCGACGGGGCUGGCGGCUACUACGCCGCACAUGCAUCAACAAUUGCAUACAAGUGGAGUAGGCACACUGCCCCCGGGUUUGGGGAGCGGUGGGGGCUAUAUACUAAGCAGUCUCAUUAACAGCAGCAGUGGCACAGCCAUGUCCAGCUUGCACCAUAACCCCUCUUCGUCCUCCACCGGUACGUCGUCGGUUUCCCCCAAUACCGGCGGCAGCACAGGACGUGUUAACCAUCACCAUGGGACGGCGGCGACGACGAUGCAUCACCACAACACAUUAGGGGGUCGUGCCAACCACGGCCAUUUUAUAGGUGCAACACCCUCAAUGAUGUUGACGUCACAAACAACAUCGGCUCUUAGUGGAAGCGGCAGCACACCAGGCUCAACUUCUGGUGUUGCCCUACUUUUAGGCUCAGGUGGUGCAGUCGGAACGUCAUCCCUGGCUUCCGCCGCCCCCUCAACGACGACUACAUCUUGCAACUCAUCCACUGACCUGGACGAUAAUAUCAACAUCAUGGCCAUUAAAGAUUGCCUAAUGACCCAGCGUGUGCCCGAAAGCUGCGUCUGAGUUGCUUCACAAUCAUCCACAACUUCAUGCCAUAAACAAAAGAUCUUUGCGAAACUCCUGGCCUUGUGCGACAACAUAACCUACAGAAGUAAAAGUGGCCCAAGCGAUAUACUGAUUAUCGUCAACAUCUGGAACAGCAUUUCAUUUUAGGCACAUCUGAAAAUAAUUAAACAGCGUGGGUAGAGUUGCAGAAAGUGUAAAACAACGAAAUUGCGAGUGAACAACAUAAUAGAGCCAUAUGUAUAGCAUGCAGCUGUUCAUUCACGAUUAAUGCCAAUGCAAAGUAACAUAACACUUCAUUAUAAUAAUUUAUUCAAUCCCUUAAAAUUUCAUAUUUCAUAAUAUCUUUAAGCUAAACUGAAUAGGUCUUUUGCCAGAGGUGUCUAGAGGUGUACACGCGAGUUGUGGUGUCAACCGUAAAUGUAAAUGCAAAUAUGCCCAAGCACAUUCUAUUAAUGUUGUCCACCAUAGGAUGGGGAUAUACUAAAUUAGUCAUUCUGUCCGUCCGUCCGACUGUCGGUCGAAAUCAAGAU